CUUCAUCGCGACACAUAUCAGAAAAAAUAGAGAGGAACGAAUCUCAAGACUUCGCGUAUAAGCUGAUAGCCAUUGAUUUUGUCUCUUUCCGUUUCUCUCGAAUCUCUCGUAGACUCCUUCUUCUAGUUGGUCAUCUUCUUCUUCGUCUUAGUUAUUAUCCCAUAUGAUUCUUCUUUCGACUUUCGGUACCUUCUUAAGCUCACCUUGUCGAUGAUCCUCUGCUCCAGCCGCCAUCAAUGACGCAGAAUCCUCCUCCGUCGCAGCAAACGCCCAACUCUCCGCGUAGAAUUCCCAAUCGCCGAGUUCUCAUCGUCGGGAAUUAUUGCCACGACGUUCUUAUCCAAAACGGAGCCGUCGUGGCCGAAACCCUCGGCGGCGCCGCCUCCUUCAUCUCUAAUGUCCUAGAUUCUUCCUCCGUCUCCUGCGAUCUGGUCUCCAAAGUCGGACACGACUUCAGAUACGAGGUUAGCCACGCCCCGAUCGUGGUUCCGGAGAAGGAAACCACGGUUUUCGAGGCGUAUUUCGACCUGGGCAUCGGUCACGCCGAUCGGGUAUUGAAACGGGUCUCUGCAUGUGAUCCGAUUCUCCCUUCGGAUAUCCCCGAUUCGAGAUUCGAUUUCGGGAUGGCUGUUGGCGUCGGCGGCGAGAUUUUGCCGGAGACGCUGGAGAAGAUGGUGGAGAUCUGCGACGUAGUGGCUGUGGACAUUCAAGCUCUGAUUAGGGUUUUUGAUCCUGUUGAUGGAGCUGUAAAGCUCGUGAAUUUGAAAGAAAGUGGGUUCCAUCAUGUCUUGCAUAGGAUCGGAUUCUUGAAAGCUUCAUCAGACGAAGCUCUUUUCAUGGAUGUUGAGGAAAUGAAGCGAUUGUGCUGUGUGGUGGUGACUAGUGGUGAAAAAGGGUGUAGGAUUUAUCAUAAGGAUGAUGAAACGGCGGUGCCUCCGUUCCUGGCGAAGCAGGUGGAUCCUACCGGCGCCGGAGACAGUUUCCUCGGAGGUUUGGUGGUUGGUCUUGUAGAGGGUUUGGAUGUUCCUGAUGCUGCAUUGUUAGGGAACCUCUUCGGUUCUAUUACUGUUGAGCACAUUGGUCAGCCCAAGUUCGAUUUGACGAUGCUUCAGAGAGUAAAGGAUGAGGUGCAGAGAAGGAAGAAGCAAUGUAAUCUCUCAAGUAGCCAAAACAAUGAUCAUGACGAGUUUCAUGCGCGUCUAAGUCCAGCCCGGUUUCAGGACUCUCCACUUCAACCAAAGUUAUUGGUCAAUGGUCUAUCAUGUGACCGAUGAUGAUUGGUUCCUGUGAAUACAAAUCUUGAAUCACCUUUUUCAAUUACUAACAACGCUCUUCUGAGUUGUGUAAGCUUCUACACGUUGGUGGAUUUUUUGGAAAAUUUAUUUAGUGUAUAAACGCGAUGACCAGCGUCUUCAAAUGCAGAAGUUUUGUUAGCAA